GUUUGGCUGGUUCUCCUGCAAUUUGAAUCCCGUAAUCUUCGCCAAACAAACGAGCGACAAGCCCUUCCACUUGGUCGAUUGUUGAUCGGACUUUGAAAAAAAAAACGCAUACUGAAUGUGUCACGGAUCUGACGGAGGCACAGCGUGCGUUGUGGAGAGACCCGUUCAUCUUGGGGGUGUCGGCGAUUUAAUCGAGCCUACUUUUAUAAAACUGCGUACGCGGAGAGACUGGAAACUGCGAGAUAUCCAGACUUUGUUUGGGAGGGUGGGCAUGUCCUCGCCUGAGGAUAUCUUGAAUUUAAAAGAAAUCGGUUUAGAAAUGGCAGUGGUUCGUGCGAAUCAGGCGCAGAUGGAUGCCCGUGCAGCAAGUGAGACGAGCAAGAGGGAUGGAGUGUCUCAGAUGCAGUUGGACGACCAGGCCCUAAAGUUGCAACGACGACCGUCAAGGUUCUCUGUCGGUUCCGUUCGCCGUCCAAAUCUUAUCCGUCGACAGAGUACCCCACCCCUCGUCAACAGCAAUGCAUCUGACGGAUCAGAUUCUUUAGCCACUGACCAACGCAAACCGUCUCGUUUUCAAGUCACUCAGCUCCCGUCCGAUCGUCCUCCGUCCGCACCGCCUUCCUCCUCAACUCCACCGCCCGACAUCAAAGUCAUACCAGCAACACCUCACCUUGAGCUCCCGGGCCCAUUCAUGAAAGACUCUCAUCGCCAACUCCAAGCAUCCACUUCCGCAGCAGUAGCAGCUGAACAAUCAUCUCCGGCCGUCCUGGCUCUCUCCAUUCCUCACCGCUCGCCAACAACCCUCGCAUGCGUCCGCCCACACGUCCUGGCCGAAAAACUCGCGGAACAACUUCCUUUUCCAACCAUAGACCGUAAACCUGUUCCGCAUACCAUUGCAAAAUCCAAACCCGUCCUUCCCUCCGGAGUUACACUAUCCGAAUCCGAGCCGCAUGGAAAUGGUUUUGUCGAACCCGCCGUUGUGGUAUCCCAGCGGGGCAGGUUCACCGUCAUCAGAGAACAUAGUACUCAUUGGAGACCGAGACAGACAUUAACAAGAGAAAGUCGCUUCACAGUCGUUCGAGAUGAUCACGAUACGAGUCAAAAAAAGGACAGUCCUCCUAUCGGUGAUUGAGGAAAAUCCAUCUUUUUUUUGUAUGUUGCUUCAUGUUAUGGUGGAAACCGAAUUCCGUUUUUUGUGAAUUAUACCAAUGUAUAUAGUUAUAUCCUUGUUGUAUCUAGCAGCAAGAUGCUCAACUCAAAGUACCUCAUGCGUUAUUUCAUAGUGAUUUUUUUUCUUUUUUUGGAAAUUACAUUUGCUUUUUCGCAUGCUAAUACAUCAUUGACCUGGU